AUGGGGUCUAGUGGUGUUGUGCGGAAUUCAAUUGGGCAAUGGAAACUUGGGUUUGCAGUUGGCCUCCAGGGCGGUGAUUCCUUCCAGACAGAAUUACUAGCAGUUGUCGAAGGCCUUGAGCUUUGUUGGAAGGAGGGGUGUAAGAAGAUUCAUUACAGCACUAACAUAAGCGAAUCCAAUGGUUUUAGAGGAAUAGUAAAAGAGAGCGAUGAGAUGAGAGUGAUAGUACCUCUGCAAGGAGUUGUUCAAGGCACAGGGGGUCUUUUCUGGGGUUCUGUCAUUCCUUGUGCACUCUUCUACUUUCUUCAACUCUUGUUCAAAACCAAGACACGUCAUCACCACCCUCCCUCUAACCACAACCACCACUCCACCCUCCACCGCUCUCUCUCUCCCACUCCCCGCCACGCCACCGCCUCUGCUUACGUGUCACCUCGCGCCAAUUCCAUCACCGCUGCUAACUCUCCUUACUAUUUAGGCUUGCACAGGGUCGCUGAUGAUCCCUACCACCAGACUCAUAAUCCCCAAGGUGUUAUUCAACUUGCUUUCGACCAAAACACCCUAUCUCUCGACUUGAUUCAAGAAUGGAUUCACAGCAACGGAACCGCUGCUAUGCUGGGGAAACCACUUAGCGUCUCUGGGAUUGUUCCUUACCAACCUCUCCAUGGAUUCAUGGAGCUCAAACUGGCUGUGGCUCGUUUCAUGUCUCGUGUUUUGGAAAAACCGGUUUUCUUCAACCCCUCGCGAAUGGUACUAACCGCAGGUGCUACCUCUGCCAUUGAGAUUCUAACCUUCUGCCUAGCAGAUCAUGGAAAUGCAUUCCUUGUUCCCACGCCUCUUAGCCCUGGGUAA